AUGCAGGGAAGCAAGAAGUGCACAGAUGGGUUCAGCGACUCCUCCAGCAUCGGCAGUGUGCUGGAUGAUGCAGACAGGGAGGUGAGCAGCCUCACAGACCGGGCCUUUCGGAGCUUGUGCAUCUCAGAGGACACAUCCUUCCACGACUCCGAUCUGGCCCUGUCCCCGGACAUCAACCGCCAGGUGUUUGGGACUUUUCACCAGGGAACAGUAAGCCACACCCACAGGAAAAGUGGCAUUUGGAGCCAGCUACCAUCGCAAGGCACAGAGCAUGCAGGCUGGGCGGCCACCUUCCAACAGCUCCCCAAGUACGUUCAAGGGGAGGAAAAAUAUCCCAAAAGCAGUCCCCCGCUGACACCAGCCCAGAGGAGACUGGAGGUGCCAGUUUCUGGCCUGAGGAGCAGCAACAAGCCUAUCUCCAAAGUAUCAUCAUUAAUUAAAUCUUUCGACAGGACUGAGAGCCAAUGUUGUGACAACAGGCCUCCUACUAGCAAGCCCCCAGCUCUGAAAAAUCCCCCCAAAUUUGCUCCUCUCCCAGAAAGCAGUGUCAACUUCUGUUUUGAUUCUGCUUUUUUGACAGUCAGGAGAGUGCCUGCCGAAGUCUCCAACAUCCAUCAGAACAGCCACCAGCCCGGCAGGAAGCAUGAUGAACAGGAGUGUCCCAAAAACCCUGAAGUGGCCUGUCACAGCUCCAGCAGCUUCCUCCCCACACCUGACAAUGUGGCCAAUUUAUCUGAGUUGCAGCUCCCCUCCCCACCCCACAAGCCAGCCGAGGGGCAGCCUGGGAGAGGCAAGGAGUGGGCGCAGAAAGGCGCCUUUCUGCACAGUGAAAAUAGUGCUUUUGAGUCGUGGAACGCCCACCAACCAAAGCUGCUAGAGAGAAAGGACACUGCUGAAACCAUCCCAGAAAGCAAAGCUCCCAAACAUUAUGAGGACAUGCCCUUGCUAAGAGAACCCCAUCCUCCUGAGCGUAUAGUCUCUCCCUGCCAAGUCCGGGCCAGCUGCUGUCAGGAAGAAAACAGACUGGCAGCAGGGGCUCUGUCCACAUCUGGACCCUGGGGAUCUAGGGAUCCCGGAACCCAGGUAUUCACUGGGGAGGGAAAAGCUUCCAGCUCACAGCUUGAGCCUCAGGUGAAGUCAACGCAACCCCCAUGGAGAAAACCAAAGACUAGCAAAGGAGGAAAAGAAAAUCUACAAGAUGCUUCGCAAGAAAGACCAGCCAACAGGAGAGGCCUACCUUUGUAUACAAAGCACAACCCCCAGGGUCAAUUUCCAGAAAAUGAUGCUCUGGACAUGCCUGUGGAUCCUCGUGAGCAUUACAAUCCUCCUUUUAACAUCAGUAAACUCUUGACACCCAUAAUACCCACCAAGCAUGCCCUGGAGUCAUCAGACAGACAGCCCAGGGACAUAACCCCAUCCCCUCCAGGACAGCUAAAUGGAUACCAAGAGAAGGAGCCCGACGAAUGUCAGUCGCGAGACAGCUACAAGUCCAAAGCCCCCAGCCUGCUGUUCAACCUCAAGGAUGUGCGGAAGCGCGUUAAGAGCACAUACAGUUCCUCGCCUCUCUUGAAAGGCCUCGAUGAGAAAACCAGAGGUAAGGCAGACCACAAGCAAGAACCCAUGAGCAAUGGCAUCGUCCUUCCCAACAGGCUUGAGGAAAGCCCCCCAAAUCAGCUUUCCACGGAGAGACCAGCUGAUGCACCUCCUGCAUUGCAUAUCAGUACCCAGAAGGACCCUUCGGAUGACCCCAGUGAGUCCUCUGCGGACAGCUACCCAACCCUUAGCUCACCUCCGGCUAUCGCCAAGGUCCCCCUCUGUGUCAACAGGGAGGCCACUGAAAGGAGCAGUCACGAAAAGGAGGACGCCAACCGAGAGUUGGAGAUGGUCCCCGCCAGGUCCAGCUGGUGUCCAGACUCCGGGGAACCCCGCCCCAGGAAGCACCUAUCCCUGAAGCUCUGCGAUAGGGAGGCUGAGGCUGAAAAGGGUGCAGAGACGGCGAAGACCCACCAGCUAGAGAACGGGCCCUGGAGAUCCAUCUCCCUAGAGACAGAACCUGAGAGAGAGGCAGGACUACAGAACACACACUCGAACCAGAAAUUGUCCCCAGGGCCCCUGUCUCCUGAGGAGGAGGAUGUGUUUUACAGCGACAGCCAGUCUGAUUUUACGCCGGCCCUCCAAAGUAAGGCCAAGUUCAGCACCAGCUCUUCAGAUCAGUCCUUUGCCUCAUUCGACGAUCAGCAGAAGACAUGGUUUACCGAGAGCCAGCAGGAAGACAGGAGGAAGGACAUGAGUGCAGGUGACAGUCAGAAGGACGGGAAGGAAGACGUGGUGGGGAAAGAGGAGCCACAGUACUGUGCCUUAAGUAACGGGCACAUGUGCGUGGAAGACCACAGCAAGAGGGGAGCGCUGCAAAGAGAAGGGGAAACUUUUCCUGCUGGAAGACUCAGAAAGGAGGCAUGGAGUGAGGAAGCUAAUUUCAGAGGCUCUUGGGUUGGGGGAAGUGAGGAUACAGCCCUGUCACAUGCCAAAGACCUUACCCCCCCACCAGCUUCUGCUACGAACAAGCACAUACUGUUUACUAUUAAGGACAACACUCUCCGAGCUACCCCUGUAAUAAAACCUAUCAUGCUGCCUCUCCUGAGGACCAUGUCCUCAGAGGACCCGCUGGGCAGCAGUCACAAAGAGGAGGAAUCGCCAAGGCCAGGAUGGGGCGAGGCUGCUGCUCUCUGUGCCCCCAAGAGCCAGGAAAUGACUGGCACCCCAACACCAGCAAACACAUGGGGCACACACUUGAAGCAGGUGGCCUAUGAAGUCACGGAGGACCCUGGGCAAGUGUCCAGCACGGCCAGGAUGGAGGCCUUCCAGCCAGCCCCGACGGAGAAUCUCCCAUCUCCAUCACUGGUGGGAGGGGGGGAUGGGAUGAAGCUCCCCCCAGAGGCAGCCCAUAAAGUCGGGAGGAGGGACGGCCAGAGCAGUUCCACAGACUCCAGCAAGCUGGGGGCUCGGUGGCACAUCCCCACCAUCACUUUACCCGAGGGCGACUUAGAAGACCAGCCAACCCCCCAGCAGCUUGGAACCUGCUGGGAAGAGCAAGCACAGGAUUUCAAAAGUCACUUUCUGUCUACACCCAGAACAAGGCCCCCCUGGAGAAAACUGGUCCCAGGAGAUGUGGCGAAUUCCCCCAACCCCAGCUCCCUGGGGGACAGCAGCGCCUGCUCCCCAGCCGCCAGCAGCGUGUGGGACGACGCUUCCCAGGCCCCCUGCGACCCGGGGCUGCUGCCCGAGGAGCCUCCCAGCGCCAGCCCCUGGGCCAGCCCCGGCCCUGCUAGAGUCACCCGGCGGGAGGAUGUGACACACCCCCUGGUGUGGGAGGCAGGUGCCGACCCCCAGCCCGAGCCAUGGACAGACCACCCCCGGACACUCUCCCCGAGAGGCUCGUGGCUGGACGUGGCCCCCAGCUCGGCAGGCCCCCCUGAGACACCGGAGCCCCCUGCUCAGCUGGAGAGGGCGGCCGGCAAGCCCCCCGCAGUCCCACCCAAGACGGAGAAGGCCCUGCGGCGGGCCAAGAAGCUGGCAAGCAAGAGGAGAACGGCCGACCAGGCUCAGGAGAAGCCCGGCGAGCCCCGGGAGGCGCAGCCCUGGCCGGGGGACCCGGAGCGCACGGAGCGCACGGAGCGCACGGAGCGCAGGCCGCCGUCCCCCGGAGAGAGGCCCCGCGCCGCCUUCCCCGCGGUCCGGUCCCUGCCCCCUCCCGCGCACCGCCACUCCGUGUCCGGCUUCUUUUCCGAGGCUGCCGGGCGGCGGCCCGGGGGUCCCCAAGCCCUCACACCCCUGCCCCCUUACCCUGCCACCCAGAAGGUCCUCCAGGAUCCCCAGUCUGGAGAGUACUUUGUCUUCGACUUGCCGCUGCAGGUGAAAAUCAAGACCUUCUAUGACCCAGAGACCGGCAAGUACGUCAAGGUCUCGGUCCCAUCCUCCCAGGGGGGCUCCCCGGAGCCGCCCCCGCCGGACGCCCCCGCGGCUCCCUAUGUGCUGUAUGCCGGCUGCCGGCCCGUGCCCGUGACGACCCUGAUGCCGCUGCGCUGCUCCUCGCAGCUCAGCGCUCCCACCUUCCUAAGGCAGGGCCCGCGACCCCCCACGGCCAGGCCCCAGAGCGCCCACGAGGCUGGACUGCAGCCGGCCCCGGGGCCUCAGGGCGACUCCACCUGGCACUCUGCAGGCCAGCGCCCCCUCGGGCAUCCCCCGAGCCGGGAAGACCAGGGCGCAGAAGCUCCGGGCCUGGGCAUCACCUCCACCGACGACCUGGAGGACUUUGCCACAGAAGGCAUUUCUUGA